AUGGCAGCCGAAUCAAACAGCCAGACGCCAUCAGCAUCAGAAGACUUUUACGAUGUCCCGGCAGACUACAAGCCCUAUGUGCCCGUCGCAAAACGGAGGGCACAAAUGCUCGAAAAGCUUGGAUCAACACGCCAGUCCAAGAAGAUCAAGACGGCAGAAGAGGAGGAGCGAGAGAAGAAGGACGCACAAAAGGAGUUAGAGGAUGCGGAAGAGAAGAGGAAGGAGACGGCCAGGCGGGAACGCACCUUGUUGCAAGAGGCCCAGGAGGUCAAGCGACAAAAGGAGCUCGAAGAUGCCGGCAAGAAUGCUGCUGAGAAGGAGGCUGAGAAGGAGGCAGAGCUUCUGGCACAGAUGGAGCGCGCUCAGAAGAAGCUCGCCGGUGCACAGGAGCUCGCCUCCGGGACCGUCUACACUGAGAGCAUGAAGACGUCGUGGCGUCCACCGUCGUACAUCCGCAACCUGUCCAGAGAGGAACAGCAGGAGAUCAGGGAUAAGCACGCUAUUAUUAUUGAAGGGGAUGACCUUCCUCCAGCUAUUGGGCACUUUGCGGACAUGAAGCUGCCGAAGCCGCUUCUCAACUAUCUGAAGGCCAAGGGUAUCAAGCAGCCAACGCCUAUCCAGAUCCAAGGCAUCCCUACUGCGUUCUCCGGACGAGACAUGAUUGGCAUCGCGUUCACUGGAUCCGGCAAGACCCUCACCUUUACCCUUCCGGCAAUCAUGCAGUCGCUGGAGAUGGAGGCCAGGGUUCCCUUCGUCCGAGGAGAGGGGCCUGUCGGCCUCAUCAUCUGUCCGUCGCGUGAGCUCGCACGGCAGACGUACGAAGGAUGCGUCGCCAUGUGCAACGCGCUGAAAGAGGGCGGCGAGUACCCCGAGGUCCGCUCUCUGCUCUGCAUUGGCGGCAUCAACAUGGCAGAACAAGCAGACGUCCUCAACCGCGGCGUCCACAUUGUUGUCGCAACACCUGGCCGACUCAUCGACAUGCUCGAGAAGGGCAGGUUGAAUGCCGACAACUGCAAGUACCUGUGCAUGGACGAGGCCGACCGCAUGAUCGACAUGGGAUUCGAGGAGGACGUGCGUAGUAUUAUGUCGCACUUUAAGCACCAGCGCCAGACGCUGCUGUUUUCGGCUACGAUGCCCCGCAAGAUCCAGGACUUUGCGCAGCAGUCACUCAUCAACCCCAUCCUUGUCAAUGUUGGUCGAGCUGGUGCCGCCAACAUGGACGUCAUUCAAGAGGUCGAAUACGUCAAGCAGGAGGCCAAGAUGGUGUAUCUCCUCGAGUGUCUCCAGAAAACGCCUCCCCCGGUCAUCAUUUUCAGCGAUAACAAGAACGAGGUGGACGACAUUCAAGAGUAUCUUCUGCUCAAGGGUGUCGAAGCGGUUGCUAUCCAUGGCAGCAAGAGUCAGGAUGAGCGUGAGUAUGCGAUCCGCUCUUUCAAGACUGGCGCCAAGGACGUCAUGGUGGCGUCUGGCGUUGCGUCCAAGGGACUCGACUUCAACGAGAUCCAACACGUCAUCGUUUACUCCAUGCCCAAGGAGAUUGAAGACUAUGUGCACGAGAUUGGUCGUACCGGUCGCUCGGGCAAGACGGGUAUCGCGACAACCUUUGUCAACAUGAACACGCAAGAGCAGACGCUUUUGGAUCUCAAGUAUUUGCUCAUGGAGGCGAAGCAGAAGAUCCCAGAGUUUCUGCUUUCGAUUGAUGACCCACGCGCUGCUCAAGGCGGUGUGCUGAAGGGCUGUCCUAUCUGUGGCGGUCUGGGUCACGGCCUGUCGGACUGUCCCAAGCUCGAGGAGGAGACUCGUCGUCGGCAGGCUGCCAACAAUCGCUACGACGAUGGAGGAUACUAGAGGGAAUAGAGGGAAUCGUGUGCAUAGGCGCCACGAAGUUGUUGUAUCAACUGUUGUAAACCCAACCAAGCAUGGCAUUGAUUGC